CGACAAGCUGACGAACAACCGUCCGCUGAACCCCGAGGAGCUGCGUGUGCGCGCGGGCGAGUGGGACGCCGCCAGCACGGAGGAGCCGCUGCCGCACCAGGAGCGCCAGGUGGCGCAGGUGGUGGUGCACCCGCGCUUCACGCGGCGCGCGCUGCUGCACGACGCGGCGCUGCUGGUGCUGGAGGUGCCGUUCGACGCCGCGCUGCACGUGGCGCCCGUCUGCCUGCCGCCCUACGGCGCCUCCUUCGACGGCCGCCGCUGCAUCGCCACCGGCUGGGGCACCGACGCGCC